GAUGUUCGUACCUUUAUUUUUGAUAUAUUUUGGAUUUAUAAAAUAAAGGUACUUUAGUGUGAAUAGGUUUUCAAUUUUUCUUUAAAUAAUUAAAUAUUUGAAUUAGGCACUAUCAAUGAGAAAUCCUCGAAUAAAAGUCAAUCGAAUACUAUUUUAAGUAUUCCUUCAAUGUUUCAGCGAUCAGCGAUAGAUAAAACAUUUUCUUUGCGUGUAGGAGAUUUUUUGUUGUGAUUUAAAAUGGUGGGUUUUCCAGAAUAAGAACUACGGUAGAUGUUGAUUUAUACGAUAGUGCUCCAGGCCUGGCCAGGUUGAAGUUUCUCAGUUUGAAUUGAUACGAACUCGGAAUACGUCGUUUCCAUGGAUGACUCACAAAUUAUUACAGACAAGGUUUCGAAAGCAAGGUUUCGGCGGCGUCAGGACCGCGAACGCUAUCACACUACAGCUGUAGAUUCAAACACGAUCAAGGAAAUUGCAGCAUCGUCCGGCAUUAUGACGACUUCCGCCGGAAGUGGAAAGCUCGCGCAGGAAAUCCACGAUGAGUUUCUGACGUGCAAGAUCUGCCUCGAAGGCUAUAAGAGUCCGAAGUGUCUAGAGUGCCUUCACACGUUCUGCGAGCAAUGCAUCGACAACCACGUGAUGUCCGAGUGCACGUACAAGAAGUACAGCGACUACCGUGAGUUCACGUGCCCACUGUGCCGGAAGAGGACCCAGCUUCCCAUCGGCGGAGUUAAGAAACUCCCGGAUAACUUUCUUGUCUCUAAUCUCUCAGAGCUGGUUGUCCGACAGCGGCCGUCUAAGUUCCCCUUCUGCGACAUCUGCAAGCUUGUGAAUCGCAAGCAUCGCGAGGCGGCGUCCAAAUGUCUCGACUGUAACAAACUAUUAUGUAAAACCUGCGUUGACCUUCACAGAGAGACGAAGGUCACAAAGAAUCAUAGUAUUUUCGACUGCGAGAUUGAGAAGGACAUUGAAUGCAAAGAGCAUAAAGAUGAAGCCGUACGCUUUUACUGCGAGCCUUGUGACGCAUGUAUAUGUGUCCUGUGUACCUUUAACGAGCACAAGGACCACGAAAUCACGUCUUUCACUGACGCCGUGGUCAAGUAUAAAGAGAAUAUCCAAACUUUGUUGGACAGUUGCAAAUCUAAAAUUGAUGUAUACGAUACGCAACUCAUCACCCUCGCCAAAUGCGAAAGCCUCAUCAAAGCCGCCGAGCAAAAGAUUCGCGACACGGCUAUUCAGUUCAUUGCCGACGUGCGUUCCAGAGAGAAGGAGCUGAUCGAUGACCUGCACUCGCUGUAUGGCGCCGAGCUUAUGAAAAACGUGGACAAGCGCGAUGAGCUUCAAGUGAACCUCGAGGGAUUGAAGAGCACGUGCAGCUUGACAGAGAUCGUGCUCAAAGGCAAGGACAUUGAGUUACUGUUGCUAAAAAAGCAAGUGCAAGAAAAGUUGACCACGCUCGGCGGAAUUGAGUUGGGCACGUUGCCAGAUAGUGUGACGAAGGAGGUCACGUUCAAUCCUGGUAUGCUAGAGCUCGGAACCCUUGAGGAUCAUGGGACGCCAAGGCAAAGCGUCAACCGCACGCUUUCCAUGCCGGGGACGAUGCGGAAAGGACAUCAAAGGUCGGCAUGCGUGCAGACUGACAAAGAAGAGCCGCCCCCGAAACCUCGCAGGAUUGACCAACAGAUCCAGACGGAAGUAGAGGAGAAAGAAGAAGAAUCGGAGGCCGAAAGUGUUUUUUCGAACCACGAAGAGAAGUCGACGGAAACGGAGUUGGUGGAAACCAGCGAAAAAGGCGUCAACACCCGCUCGCGAAGUCUUGUUCACUCUGUCCAGUCGAGUAGCUCCGCGGAAAACACUGUUGAUGGUCAAAACGGAGUUCAGGAGUCGCCGACCUCCCCACAAGAACACCGUCGCCACCGACGCCGUCGUGAGAGGAGCCGCAACGAGGUAUCAGGCCCAAUGACGGCAACCAUUACUAAUGUUGUGCCACAGGUGCCGAGCAGCCGGGCCCCGGUGCUUUCUUAUAGUAGUAGCAUUGACGAUAAUUAUUAUUCACCGGACGGAGGUAAUUCAAAUAAUACCACAGGUCAAUAUAAAUCUUUUAGCGCAUAUCCACUAGAUACCCCUGAAACCAAUUUUGGUUUUUGAUAUUGUGAUACUGACCCUAAUCUUACGUGUUUGAUUGAUCGUAAUCAUUAGAGAAAGUAUAUUUCGUGCGAUUGCAUACAUUUUAUUUACAACUGAUACUACUACUUAUGUUGUCCGUUUGUUUUUCAACCAGAGCCCGUAUGGAAUGCAGCGUCUUUACCUAGUAUACCUCUUAUUCAAAUGUUUUUUAUUUCCCAUCCAUGAACGAACCAAUCUCGUGUAUUCUUGGACCCCAUAUAAACCUUUAGAAGUGCAUGGAGCCAAUAAUUGGUUGGUGCCCUAUGGUUGAAACAGUUAGAUCCAUUUUCCUUUGGAAUAAGUUAUAUUUUACCCGAAUUUAGGCUUGAUAUUGACCGUUGUUUCGCGUUGGGCUAGCUCUGCCUCCGUCCAGGUGUGUAGUCGUCAGCAUCUUGCAACUACGUCACAGCGUGCUUAAUGACGUCAUGAUGUUCCGUUUGUCACGUCUGUCUGCUACGAGCAAAACAUGUAUGUAUAGAUGCUUUGGCAAUUGUGUACUGUGUCUUAUAUGUGUUUUGCAUUUGGAUACAUGUUAUUUAAAGCCUUUCUGUGGAGGGAAUAGUUGUUCAUGUGACGUUUGAGAGGACUUGUUGCGGAUUAUUGGCUAUAUGAUUUGACAAUUAAGCCGUUUGUGAUACUUAAAAGGUUGAGCUUGUAAUUCAAAUAUGCUAAACGCUUGGUUGUGAUUUCGAGUGUCAGAAAUAACCCAUCUAGAUAAGAGUAACUGUAAGUCUACCAAACAGACAUGCUUUAAAGGGGGCAUUUUAGUUCUUUUUCUGAAUGGAUUGUAUUAUGAACUUCAUACGAACUGCUUUGAUUGGUAGAUUAAUUAAUUAAUUAAUGCAGCAUAAUCAGCGUUCCUUGUUUAUAUUUGAUAAAUAUUGGAUCUGGGCUAUUUAAAAUAUGAUGCCGUCUGAUUUUCGUAUGGUCUUUUACUGUUGAACGAACGUGAUGGCAUCAUUAAAAAGGCAUUCCCGAUAUUGUGCAAUAACGUCGUUCGUAUGAAGUUGGCUGCUUUAAACUGCAAGUUUUCUAACAUUAUUUUGUUGAGUUUAUUUUCGUUUCUGCGGUGAAUUGUUAAAGCUGCUACUUCACAUAUUAAUGUUUACGUACGUUACUUUAAUAUUAGUCAAAUUGUUUACAUGUGUAAUUCACUACAACUAUGAGGACACUGUGCGUUCUCGUGUCUGAUGUAGGCUAUAUAUCAUCAUAACAUAAGCUAAAUAUGUGAAAUAGCAGCUUUUUAGCUAACAUAAAUAAUACUUAAUAUCGUAGACAUACAGAAAACAAGAUGCUUUUUUAUUUUAUGUUCAGAUUUUAUGAUAAAAUCGAUACUUUCGAUCAUUGAUUAGUACAAGUUAACAUGAUAUAUUGUAAAUAAAUGUAGAUAUCUUUGA